UCCCCUAUAUAUAAAGCCACAGGAGGCGAUCGAGUGUAUCAGUUUGCUCCGCCGUUGCUCGCGUCUUUUCCUCUCUCAUCUCUAGCGCCGUCGGCCUCCUCUCCCUUCUCUAUCCGGGAAUUGAGGCGGUCGCGGAUCGCAAGACUCGAUGGCGCUGGUUUUGCAUGCUGGUGAUACAAAUAAGAAUGGGUUCAAGGCACUUAUUGCUGCAGAGUACAGUGGUAUCCAAGUUGAGUUGGUGAAGAACUUUGUAAUGGGUGUGUCAAAUAAAACUCCAGAGUUUCUUAAGAUGAACCCUAUAGGGAAGGUGCCUGUAUUGGAGACGCCUGAUGGUCCCGUUUUCGAGAGCAAUGCUAUAGCACGUUAUGUAACUCGCUUGAAGGCUGAUAAUCCUCUUUAUGGCUGUUCACUCAUCGAAUAUGCUCACAUUGAACAAUGGAUUGACUAUGCAUCCAUGGAAAUUGAUGCAAAUCUUGCACGAUGGCUUUAUCCACGACUUGGAUAUAUGCCUUACCUUGCUGUUGCUGAGGAAGCAGCAAUAUCUAGUUUGAAGAGGGCACUUGGUGCUUUGAACACUCAUCUUGCCUCAAGCACAUACCUUGUUGGCCAUUCUGUUACUUUAGCAGAUAUUGUCAUGACAUGCAACUUAUACCUUGGAUUCAGUAUGAUCCUGGUCAAGAGUUUUACAUCAGAAUUCCCUCAUGUUGAAAGGUACUUUUGGACUAUGGUUAAUCAACCAAAUUUCCAUAAAGUGGUAGGCGAGGUUAAACAGGUCGACUCAGUUCCACCUGUUCCAUCACAAAAGAAGCCUGUUCAACCUAAAGAGCCAGCUAAACCAAAGGAAGUUAAGAAAGAACCUACGAAGGAGCCUGCAAAACCCAAAGUUCAGGAGGUUCUGGAAGAGGAGGAGGAGGCUCCCAAACCCAAGCCAAAGAAUCCUCUAGACCUACUUCCACCUAGUAAGAUGAUAUUGGAUGAGUGGAAGAGGCUUUAUUCCAAUACGAAAACCAACUUCCGAGAGGUUGCCAUCAAAGGUUUCUGGGAUAUGUAUGACCCUGAGGGUUACUCUCUGUGGUUCUGUGACUAUAAAUACAACGAUGAGAACACUGUAUCAUUUGUGACCCUUAACAAGGUGAGUGGGUUCCUGCAGCGAAUGGAUUUGACUCGGAAAUAUGCUUUUGGAAAGAUGCUCGUGAUUGGCUCUGAACCACCAUUCAAGGUGAAGGGUGUGUGGCUCUUCCGGGGACAGGAGAUUCCAAAAUUUGUGCUCGAUGAGGUCUAUGACAUGGAACUAUACGAUUGGGCAAAGGUUGACAUUUCUGAUGAAGCACAGAAGGAGCGGGUGAAUGCCAUGAUCGAGGACCAGGAGCCUUUUGAAGGUGAGGCCCUGUUGGAUGCCAAGUGCUUCAAGUAAAACCAUUGGAAGAUGAACUGAACGAGAAUAUAUAACCUGGACUUGAUCUCUUCGAGCUGGAGGUGUUUACAUUUGCUGCACUCUUAGUUAGUUACUGGUUUUCUGAGUCUUGUUAGUACCUUGAUACGGAGAUCUUAUUUAAACAAGUGAUUUGUAGGGUUCCUUUCGUGCUGGACCAAGAGUCAGUUAAAUGUGCGAUAAACUCUUUUCAUUUGUGGUAUCAAUUUCUGUUGAUUCAGAUGGUCAUUGUUUGGUAGCGCUAUGUAGAGCCUUUUAAUUAUUAAUUAUUUCUAGGUGAUGUUUGUGAUA